AUGUUACAUUACUCGCACAAGGACUUCCAAGGCGGUCAUCAAGGAACCAACAGGACGUUUGAGCGAUUACGCUCAGAGUUCUACUGGAUCGGGAUGUACGCUGAUGUACAGAAGUUCGUGAGAGAGUGUGUAGAUUGUGCGUCAGCCAAGGGGCGACCACCGGUUCUCGGCCCAUCACCGGGCAAUAUCGAAGCGAGAUACCCGUUCGAGGUGGUCUCUAUGGAUUUUGUUACUGAGUUACCUGAUUACGAUCGUGGAAAUACCUAUUUGUUGCUGUUCCAAGAUCAAUUCUCAGGAUAUGUCAUGUGUAAACCCAUGCGGAAUACCGAAGCCCAAGAUGUUGCUGAAGCAUACGAAGAGUGCGUAUUCAGGAGGUUUGGGGCGAGUUCAAUGAUCAGAUAUGAUCAGGACCCCCGAUUCAUGAGUAAAGUCUUCGCUAGAUUCGAAGACCUUCUGAAGAGCAAGCAGCGCGCAACGCUAGGAUAUCGGCCACAGGCCAAUGCACAGCAAGAACGCUCAGUUCAAACGGUAAUGCGAAGUGUCAGAGCGUACGUCGCUGAAGUUGACCAGAACGACUGGGACGAGUAUGCAGAACGUAUCAUGUUUGCCCUGAAUACCUCAUUCGUCGCUGCAAGGUUGGACACUCCGUUUUACCUGGUUCACGGGUGGGAUGCCAAGGUAACCAUAUCCGCAAUGCUGGGCCCGAAGCCAUCCACAGUCCAUGAACGAACGGCCUUGGAGUGGCGUCGGAAGAUGCAACGGGACUAUAGUUAUGCUCUCGCGUGUGCUGAGGACUUGCAAAAGAAGGCAAAACGAGCGAGAUCUGCUGCACAGACUCGUAAGUGGAGAGAACUCUCAGACCGCGUGAAAGCAGGUUUCGAAGCCGGUGAUUCUGUGUGGUUGUACAUUCCCAAAGUCCGCACGGGAUUGAGCCGCAAACUAGCCCACCUGUGGCACGGACCUUUCCGAAUCGAUGAAAUCCAUGAUGAUUUCAGGGUCAAGCUCAAGAUCCCAGGCACAGCCUAUCGUGUGAACCCGUGGGUCCAUAUUAGCCGCCUCAAACCGACAGCUCUGUUCCCUAAGCGACCGACCUCAGAGAUCCAAGUCUCCGAAGAUGAUGAUUUUGAUGCAGCUUUACUACCCGAGGAUAGUUGGGAGCCAGACACGGCCCAGGAUGAGUACGAGGUUGAAGAGAUCCUGGAUCUCAGGACCUCCAAACGUUCCCGAGAAUAUCUAAUCAAGUGGAAAGGAUUCACAGACCCAGAAUGGAUACCUCUAGCCCAACUUAAUUGUGGGGCGUUGUUAUACGAGUUCGACCAGGGUGCUAAGGCGAGAGCGCGUUUCCAAGCUAUGCAAGCUGGAGACGAUCACCCUGGGAACUAG